AUGGUUCGAACAUUGAACAAUAUGGCGGAGCUGAGAGCUUCUAGGUUUGGUCAUCCUUGGCCCAGGCACGGACUCAAGCUCCUUUUCUGGUUCGCCAACGAUUACAUCGUCUUCGACGAUGACAACCAGAUGUUUGCAAAUUACGACCCCGAAGAGGGAGACUUUGGUUUCCAUCACUUCCAGAACAGACAUGAGAGUGAAAACGGCGUCUGCAAGAGGCUGCUUCCUGAUGAUGGCUACCCAUUCUAUGAGGUGGGCAACCUCCACCUUAUAGCAUCUGAUUCCAUGCCUGAGUACGUCAGGAAGUACAACACUGGUCACAUAGAUACCAGCAACAUGGACCGCCUCAUCAUCAGUAUGCGUCCAGACAUGACAGUGGAUAAGGUCUAUGUGACCCAGCACGAGGACCUGAGGAGCUUCGACCCGGUCAACACCUAUCGCAUCAGCAGGGGGUUGCUCAUGAUCAUAUGCGGCCAUCCAUUCGCUGACAUGUCACUGAGUAACUUCCUGGAACAGGCGGGCUAUUCCACCCACGAGCCAAUGAGAUAUAUCGAUCAGAGUUCUAGUACCGCCCAAAUCGAAUUCUCAAGCCCCGCACCCAGGGAGUCUAGGGACACCACAAUGAAUAUGGAAGUUGGACCCAGAGCUCCGCCCAGAGCUGCACCCAGAGCUCCGCCCAGAGCUGCACCAGGCUUCUGGGAAAACGACUGUAUCAUACUGUUAUUUUUUAUUGUUUUUGUUUGCAGGUUCUACCUAGAGGUGUUGGUGAAGGGGAAGACUUCUUGCAAGUUAGGAGUGGUCAGAGAGUCUGUGGGGAGGAAGAUGGAACAGCACUCCAGACUGACGGAAGAGGCGAAAGAGAUGGAGAGUGACGGAGAAAAACAGAGAGGAAUAAAGACGCUGACACACAUCAGUUCACGUUGA